AUGGCCAAUCCAAAGGCUGUUUUAAAAUUUUAUCAGCAUUCUCUGAGUUUAGCAUUUGCUGUGAAACAGAUCAACUCAAAUCCAAAACUCUUAUCAAAUGUUACCCUGGGAUUUUUCAUCUGCGACAACUAUUUUGAUGCCCGGCUGACUUACCAUUCCACUUUGGAAUUGCUAUUCCGAUCAGAUCAGUUGUUUGCCAACUACAAAUGUGACAUCAAGGAGAAUCUCGUUGUGGCCAUUAUUGGAGGAUUUGGUGCUGAUAUCUCAUUCUUCAUGUCUAAUAUCUUAAGCCUUUAUAAAAUCUCACAGCUCGCUUAUGGCUCAUUUGCUCCCAAGAAACAUGGAACAAAGACGUCUACUUCCUUUUACCGCAUGGCUCCCAAUGAAUCCCUUCAGAUUGCAGGGAUUAUUCAUUUGCUGAAGCACUUUGGAUGGACGUGGAUUGGCCUUUUAAUUCUGGAUGAUGACAGUGGAGACAAUUUUCUCCAAGCCCUGGACCCACUUCUUUCUGAGAACAAGAUCUGCUAUGCUUUUGUGGAGAGGUUUCCCAAGCAAUCAUUUUUUUCUAUGUUUCAAGGUGAGAUAGUGCAGUCUAUAAAUAUUUAUUUGAAUGACCUCAAAGUCAACACAUUCAUUUUCAAUGGGGAAAGCAUCACAGCAAUGCUUCUGUUUCUGUUCAUGAGAUAUAUCGAGAACAGCCGUGGAAAAAUGUGGAUUUUGACUGCUCAGAUGGAUUUAACUUUAACCAGUCUCCAUCGGCCCUCAGAUUUGCAAAUGUUUGAUGGAGCGAUUUCCUUUGCUAUUCACUCUAGUGAACUGCCAGGGUUCGACGCAUUCCUCUGGGCCUUCAAACCAUUACAGAUGAAACAAGCUAGGCUGUUCAAAGAAUUCUGGGAACAGAGCUUUGAUUGUAUUUUUUCAGAGAACAAUCAACCAGUGGAAAGUGGUGAAGCAUGCACUGGGAUGGAAGAGCCCAAAAAUCUUCCUGGGUAUUUAUUUGAAAUGACCGGCCACAGCUACAGUAUCUACAAUGCAGUCUAUGCGGUGGCACAUGCUGUUCAUGGCAUGAACUUACAUAAGUCUAAAUACAAAAGAGUAACAGAAAGUAGAAUGGAUGAACUUCAAGAUCAAGACAUCUGGAAGGUCUUGCCUCAUUCAUUGUGUAAUAAUCCCUGUCCUGCUGGCUAUCAGAAGAAAAAGAAAGAAGGAGAGAAAUUUUGCUGCUAUGACUGUGAUCCAUGUUCAGAUGGGAAGAUGUCAAAUACAUUGGACACAAUUGCCUGUUCUGAAUGUCCAGAAGAUCAAUUUCCAAGUAAGGACAAAGUUCAAUGCAUCCACAAAUCAAUAAUAUUUCUAACUUUUGAAGAACCUUUAGGGAUCAGCUUAAUUGUGAUUACUACUUUAUUUUCAAUCAUUACCAUGUUAAUACUUGGAAUAUUUAUCAAGUAUAAAGACACUCCUGUUGUUAAAGCUAACAACAAGGACCUCACCUACACUCUCCUAAUCUCCCUUCUGCUUUGCUUCCUCUGCUCUUUUCUUUUCCUUGGAAAAGCUUCACAACUGAUUUGCAUCCUCAGACAAACUGUCUUUGGGUUUAUCUUCUCAGUGGCCAUUUCUUCUGUGUUGGCCAAAACCAUCAUGGUCAUUGCUGCAUUCAUGGCCACCAAACCAGGUUCCGGCAUGAGAAAAUGGUUGGGGAAAAAACUGUCCAUCUUAAUUGUUCUUUUCUGCUCCUUCAUUCAAGCAAAUAUUUGUUUGGCGUGGAUGAUCACUUCUCCCCCCUUUCCAGAACUUAACAUGCAAUCCAAGACUGAAGAGAUCAUAGCAGAAUGUAAUGAAGGGUCUGUUGUGAUGUUUUAUCUUGUCUUGGGCUAUAUGGGGUUUCUGUCUUUAGUCAGCUUUGUGGUGGCUUUCCUAGCUAGGAACCUGCCAGACACAUUCAAUGAAGCCAAGUUCAUCACUUUUAGCAUGUUGAUGUUUUGCAGUGUUUGGUUGUCUUUUGUUCCAACAUAUUUGAGCACCAAAGGAAAGUAUAUGGUAGCUGUGGAGAUCUUCUCCAUCUUAGCUUCCAGUGCUGGGUUAUUGGGGUGUAUCUUUUUCCCCAAAUGCUACAUUAUUUUGCUGAGGCCUGAGCUGAACAGCAAAGAACAACUUGUAAAAAGAAAGCAUUUCUGA